AUGCAGACCGCAAAGGCUGGGGGCAAGGCCCCGGUCUUGUCUUACGCAGCUGCCCUAAAGACGGGCCUGGCGGUACCUGAAAUAUCCAACGAGAACAACCGACCAAAAUCACCGGUUGAAUGUUCGUCAACAGCGUCGUCUAAGAGCAACGCAGACAUCAGUCACGCCACCCAAGGGGCCGCGGGAUCUCUAUCAUCAGAGCCCUCUAAGAGCGGCAACUCGACAGAUUCUUUAGACCGGCCUUCCCAGUCCUCCCAGGAUUGCCCGCCGAGACUGAAACCGAGAUCCUCCGCCCUAUUCCUCCGCGGCAUGGUAGCCAACUGUGGCUGCCUGUACAUCGUCAAGACGGGCAUCAGUGGAUUCCCCUUCUACCGCGACUUUCUCGAGUCAGGCUUUCCUAUGAGAAGUCGCUGUUCGCUGUGUAACGUCCUGGUCACCGAGAUCAGGUUCAACAAGGAUGUGGAGGCGGAGGUCACGGAGAUUAUUCAAUGGGAUGAGGAAGAGCAAGAUGGAUAUUCCGAGGACCUAGUGGAGAUCUAUAACGAUGAGGAUGCAGAUGACUAUGACUCUAGCGAAGGAUCUCAAUCGCAGGGCGAGUAUGGCGAGGAUGUAGAGGGCGGCUCACAUGGAGGAAUAUGGGGUGAUUAUUGUGAGGAUGCAGUGGACGAGGCCGGUGACACGGACGACGAGGGUAGCGAGGAAGAGAAAGUUGGGGUUUGUUUACGGUGA